AUGGCAGAGCCCCAACCCUCGACUGUCAAAGAAGGCGCCGCCGACCCGCAUGCCCCCACCGGCACAGCCGAAGACCGCAAAGCCGCCGCCGCCCUCUCCACGCUCGAUGCGCAAGAAGGUGCUGACAAUGGGGAGAAAAAGGAGGUAGACGGCAAAGCUCUGGAUAAAGCGAUGAAAGGUCUGAGUGUCAAGGAGAACAAGCAAGGCGACAAGAAGAGCGUCAAGAUCGACGCUUCUGACGUAACACUUUUGAUGAAUGAACUCGAGGUUUCCAAACCGAAAGCGACUGAACUGCUUCGCGCGCACGAUGGCAAUGCGGUAAAGGCCAUGACCGCCUUUGUCAUGACGGCGCCUUGA